CCAGACCCCUUAUGCAGGAGGCCAGACGAUUGGGGUCUUGGGCAGAGCUGAACCUUCCUUCCAUCAAGGCGGAGCACAUAUUCGGGGCGACAAAUCACCAGGCGGACUCACUAAGCAGAGCCACAGUGGACCAUGGCAAAUGGCUCUGGACCCGGGAGUGUUCAGGGAAAUCGUGGACAGGUUUGGUGCCCCAACCUUAGACCUUUUUGCCUCCCCAACCAACAAACAACUACCAAGGUUCCUUUCCAGGUUCCUGUCUCCAUCAGCAGAGGGGACAGAUGCCCUUCGCAGUCCCUGGCCCAGGGAACUGCUGUAUGCCUUCCCUCCCUUUCCGCUCCUUCCAGCCACGAUCCGCAGGAUUUUACACGAGCAGGCGGAAGUUCUCCUGGUCGCUCCUCAUUGGCCACAAUGACCGUGGUUCGCGCACCUGGUGGAGCUAUCCAUCUCACCCCCAUGGAGGAUUCCGGCAGGUCGUAUCACCCUCACACAAGGGGAUAUCCAGCACCCGGACCCGCAGUGGCUCAAUCUAACCAUUUGGCACUUGAGAGGCAGGCCUUGAGCCAUGACUCAUAUUCGUCGAGGGUGAUAGCUGUGAUUCAACAAUCCAGGCGCGCCUCGACGAAUAGAAUAUAUGAUGCCACUUGGAAGAGUUUCUGCAAUUGGUGCUCAGGGCAUAAGGUGGAAUUCUCGAGUGUCUCGGUUCCUAUUGUGCUGAAAUUCCUGAUGGAUGGGUUAGAUAAAGGGCUAUCCCCGAGCACAAUCCAUAGACAGGUUGCUGCUCUCGCUACUGUCCUCAUAUGCGAAAAUGCCACCCCUCUGACUCACCAUCCCUUGGUUCGUUCCUUCUUGAAGGGAGCUAACAACGCCAAGCCACCUCCAGUUCACCGAUACCCCUCGUGGGACCUAGAACAGGUCUUACAAGCUCUGAUUGCACCCCCCUUUGAACCUAUGGAGACAUGCUCACUUGAUUUGUUAUUAAUGAAGGUGGCAUUCCUUGUGGCAAUCACAUCAGCCAGGCCUGGAGAAUUUUCAGUAUUUCUGGCUUUGAUGGAUAACAGUUUGCAACAACUAAAGAGAGCUGCCCAGGAAAGCAUCCAUUCAUGA